AUGGAAGGUGGUGGCGAUAAGGACGACGACGACGACGAUGAACGAUGGCGACGGGUGUCAGGCACAGGUGGAGCACGGGAAGAGGCACAGAUGGAGGAUCGGGAGGGGGCUCGAUUGGGAAGGCCGCUUACACAGGAGCAACGCUGGUGUUUUGAAUACAUACACCUUCAUCACAUGAAAGGAAUUGAUAUACGGAGAGUUGCUGCUCCCUACUACUUGAACGAGUGCCUACAUGCAGUCAACGUGUAUUAUCCGGGGAACACCAAUUGCACUGCACCUUUUGAUUGUUUGACGGAUCCAGGAGUGAUGCUGCAUCCAGGAACGGAAGUGACAGUCGAGGGAUCAUCUGUGAGGUAUUGCAUUGCAUUCAGUAUUACCUGUGAUGGGCGAUGAAGAUUGGGGGAACAUCUACACAGUAGUUGGGUGGUGGGAUCGUGUCGUAUCGUAUCGGGAUCGUAUUAUUGAUGGUGCCUCGGGCGCGUCAUUGGGAAAGGAAAAUUGUGGGUAAUGCAAAAGCUUCUGGGUUCUGUUCCGUUCUGGGUGCUUGUCGUUCUCGUAAGGUGGAGGUGAAGAGGCUGAGGAAAGCAUACGCAGUACUAAUUACGAGGAUGAGAUCGAGUCAGGUUCCAUUGAUGCGUACUGCGUAGAUGCCAUGUAUGCGUGCGGAGUACUCCGCAUGUGUAACUGGUGUGUAAUUCCAUUCCUUAUGGGCGCAGCUGCUGAGCCAGAAGCAAUUCCACACUUGGAUGGAUGGAUGGAUGGAUGGAUGGAUGUACCAUUAUCGUUCAAAGUCUU